AUGUCGCUACCCAAGAGAAUCGUUAAAGAAACCGAGCGUUUGAUACAAGAACCUGCACCUGGCAUAAGCGCUACACCUCACGAAGAAAAUCUCCGUUACUUUGAUGUCAUCAUUGCCGGACCGAGCCAGUCUCCUUUUGAAGGUGGUGUUUUCCAACUUGAGUUGUUUUUACCCGAAGAGUAUCCAAUGGCACCACCCAAGGUCCGUUUCAUUACUAAAAUAUACCACCCAAACAUCGAUAAACUUGGCAGGAUUUGUUUGGACAUUUUGAAAGACAAGUGGUCGCCGGCUCUUCAAAUUCGUACGGUGCUUCUCUCCAUACAGGCUCUUUUGUCGGCUCCCAAUCCAGAUGAUCCAUUAGCAAAUGAUGUUGCACAACACUGGAAAGAAAAUGAAAAAGCGGCCAUUGCUACAGGUGACAUUUUUUCCACUAAAUUGGAUUUUAGUUGCUCAAAGUCAAAGACCCCACAUGAGUUGGUGAAAUCUGUAAAGGAUGCCGUUAAUAAGUUAGACAGCAUGGAUAAAAAGAAGGCAAGCGAAGACAUAUCGAAAAAUUUAUUGUCAAUGAAAAAUAUUCUUUAUGGUGAAGGAGACAGCGAGCCAGUUCAAGAAACUGUCGCACAAUUAGCGCAAGAAGUAUACAACAACGAUAUUUUGCAAUUACUUGUACUUAAUAUCUGGCGAUUUGAAUUCGAGGCAAAGAAAGAUGUUUCACAAAUAUUUAACAACCUUUUAAGAAGGCAAAUUGGUUCAUUGACACCUACUGUCGACUAUUUAAAAAAUAAAGAAGAUAUCUUAUUUACUUUACUCAAGGGAUAUGAAAAUUCCGAAGUAGCACUCAAUUGUGGAUUGAUCCUUAGAGAAUGCCUCCGACACGAAUCGUUAACUAAAAUUAUUUUGUAUUCUCCUCAAUUUUAUAACUUCUUCGAAUAUGUGGAGCUGAGUACUUUUGAUAUUGCUAGUGAUGCAUUUGCCACAUUCAAGGAAAUAUUAACACGGCAUAAAACGUUAGUAGCUGAAUUUUUGGAUACAAAUUAUGAUAGGUUUUUCGAAUCAUACACCAAAUUAUUGAAUUCGAAUAACUAUGUAACUAAGCGACAGUCUUUGAAGUUACUCGGUGAAAUUUUAUUGGAUCGUUGCAAUUUUAAUGUGAUGACUCGAUAUAUCGCGAACGCAGAGAAUUUGAAAUUAAUGAUGAAUUUAUUAAAAGAUAAAAGUCGUAAUAUCCAAUUUGAGGCAUUUCAUGUGUUUAAGAUAUUUGUAGCAAAUCCAAACAAGAACAAAUCAAUUUCCGACAUUUUAUGGAAAAACAAGGAGAGACUGAUCCAAUUCUUGGGAAAUUUCCAUAACGAACGCCAUGAUGAUGAACAAUUUAAUGAUGAGAAGGCAUUUUUACUUAGACAGAUUCAAGACUUGAAAUGCUCAAAUGACUUAAAAGACUAA